AUGAUCUCCGAUCGAGGAGAUGACAUUCUUAACCCAAUGUGGUUCCUAGACGGCCUUAUGGCUUCCAGUCAAGUCUGGAACUUUCCUCAAGGGGCGUCAGGCUGGCGCCCUCUUCCUAGCUCAGCAGAUGGUUUUACAUCAGCAUUACCCCGAAUCGAACGCAGAGUCUUGGAAUUCUGGCCCCGCGUUCAUGACAGCGAAACAUGGGGGUUUUGCGUCAGGACGUUCCUUGGUUACGUUGACCACUUCUUGGAUACGGGCGCAAUGCCAUUCUCUGGGUCAUUAGUCGAUCGCACAUCAGAUCUUCCGCCUCUUCUGCGCGAAGCGUAUGGGGUCUGCGCGGCAUAUCGAACAUCCAAGCACUCGAAAAAGCCUUUUUAUCAUCAACUCCUGAACGCGGCCGUCAAUAACAUGAGACAAAGUAGUCCAACGCACACAGGUUUGCAAGACCAACUGGAUCGCAUUCAAGCAUCGGUUCUCUACUAUAUCCUGUUCCUUGCGGGUGGCAUCAACGACAAACCGCUCCUUCGCCAACUAGACCGUAUGUUGGCGCAAGGCACUGCCGACCUAGAGCGGAUGGAACUAGCAAGCCGCCAGGCGACUCGAGACAAGACACAAUUGGACUCACAUUUUUCCGAGAGCCAUUUGAAUGACUGGCUGCUUUGCGAAAGUGCUCGUCGACUCAUCGUGAUUUCGUAUCUGGUGCGCGCUGUUCACUCGGUGGUCCAGUUCCAAAGAUGCGACUAUAUCAAAUAUCUGGUAGGGCUGCCUGUUUCGACCAAAUCAUACGCGGAACUUUGCUGGGAGGAAUUCAUCUAUGAAAGGGAGCAGAGCCCGGGGCAAUCAAUCUCGGGAGUCAUUUCGUAUGAUGAAUUUGUGACUGACUGGGAGCAAGGAGGACGUGUUCAAGUGGAUGAGUUUAGGCAUCUUUUGCUGGUGGCGUGUAAAGGAUUGGGCUCUGUACGAGAAAGAACAUCAAAUGAGCUGGUUCCGACUUUUGAUAAUUUCAUGUGUGAUAAUUAG